AAAUGUCAAAGGAGAGACAUUCGCAUGAACUAAAGUGUUAAAGUUUGUAAUUUUUAUUGGACGGGAACCGAAAUUAUGCUCAUAAAAUGCCUGAAUACAGUUUCGACUUGGAAAGAAGCCAGUACUUUAAAAAUCGUUCCAGUUUGCUGAAAUCGAAAGAAUCUCCUAAAUUAUCUGACGCAAAGAAAAACUUAGGAGACACUCUCUCCCAGGUAGUAUUUGAACAAUGCGAAGAUGCUCUAAAAGAAGGCUUUGGACUGAAGAAUCCCUUGCAAGGUCCUGGUGAUAUCCUCUGGAUAUCACCCAGCGACUUGCUGAUAGGAAAAAUCGCCUUAAAACCGCCUUUUACUCCAAAAUGCCUGCAGGCUUUAACGCACAAAGGGAUUCUAGAAAUUGGCCAGGAGUUAGAAAGGAAAUUCAGGCAAGAAAUGGAGCUGGACAAGCAAAAAGCUCUGGAAAAGUACAAAUCUGAGCUUCUCACAGUCGUGGAGGACCGCAUGAAAUCCGAAGUAAAAGACGUGGAAAUUAGAGAGCGUCUGGCGUGCCAAAUGGAAAAGGAACGGCAGUCUCAAGAGUUCGAAAUUCUCCUCAAAGACGAAUUAGACAAACUAGAGGCAAACAUUCGCGAACAAUACGAGCAAAUCAUCGCCAAUCACGAGAGCUACUUGAAAUCCAAAUGGGAGGACGCCCUGGAGAUGGAAGUGCAGAAAACCGUGCAAUCAAUGACCAAAAUGUACCUGGCCCAACUGGAUGACCAGGAACGAAGACUAACGGAAAUAUUCAAGCUAGAGUUGAAGAAAAAGGAACUUCUCAGAGAAUUUGACGCCCAACUCUCCACCCAUAAAACCAACGAGUCGCUGCGCCAGCUGAAACACAACCUGGAGUGCACAAACUUAGUGAAUAUGAUGUACGUGAUUUGCACCGAGCGCCAGAAAUGUUGCGACCAAAAGGAGGAGCUGGAGAAGCAUUACAAAGCUGAAAUCAGCAAGCUGGAGGAGACGAUUAGACAACGGGAGCAGCUGCUGGAAACGGUUGCCACUGAAAAAGACCGGCAGCUAGUGGAGGUUUCCAUCAGGGAAACUUGCUUGAAGGAGGUGAUUAAACAGUUCCAGAAGUUCAUUAACUUUGCGCUCCGCUCAGCGCCUGCCCAAGCGGAGUUUCUGCUGUCGGUCGAGAAGAUGAUGGUGUUCGAACUUACCAACAAAGUCACUCAGUCUAAAAUCAAAUCGCCUAAAGAAGCCCCCGGCAUUAUUCCCUGGAUGGAAGUGGGCAAACCCAAGUCCAUCUCCCGAGUGUUAUCCACACUGGAAAUCCACGACAAUCACGAAUGCUUUCGCGAGCUAAAUCCUCCAGUUAAAUCAGAAUUAGAUGAAAACGACACACUUCCGGCAAUAUACUUCAAAAACAAGACGUACGUUCGAGAAGACUUUCGCGACAUGCUGGCAGGUGGAGUGUCGCUUUCCCCCAGCAAUGAACUGUGGAACAGAGAUGUGGAGAUUCUGGUGGAAAAUUGGCGACACCAAGCGGAAGGAGCGCCGGAAAUGUUGGAAGAAACCCCCAAGUCUGACAGCGUCGAAUAUUUAACUCCAACCGAGAGUUUCGAUAAGGAGUCGAUAAUGGUAAAAGUGGUGGAGAUGAAGGACAAAUCAUCGGAGCGACUGGACGAGAAUAUGAUUCUUCAGUCUGAACGGCGUAGGUCAAAUAAAUCGACCGUGCAAUUCGUGGCAGAAGGAGCAGUGACUAAAAGCACCAGAACGUCGAUGGAAUCGAGGAAACUGAGCAUUAAAAGCUCCUUGAAGCCUCAUCAGUUUUCCUGUGUAAACGACAUCGACAUCCAGCCACUGAUGUCCGCCUCCAACCUGCUGGCAGCGCGUGACUCUCUGGACCUGCUUUUGGAGAAGAGGCAAAAAAGCACAUCUGCGGCCAAUUUCCAAGAAAAACCUCAACCAAAACCUGCUCGCAUGCAGGACAAACCUCACUCUCCACUCUCAUUAACUCCUAAGCCUCCCAGCGGCAAAAACCUGGCAGUGACCACAAAGGACUCAAUAAUAAUGCGAUUGCCUGAGAUAGCAAAAAUGCAAUCUUCCAGCAACUUUGAAGCCUCCCCGCGUGAUUCUCUGGAGAUUGCAAGACAUGCCUUGGAAGACAGGCCUUAUGAAGUGAACCCGACUCCUUCCAAGCUGGUAACUGCUAGAAAUUCGGUGGAAAUCCUCAAGGAGUCGUUGCAAAAACUGAAAAUUCCUUCACUGAUUUGCCAGAGGAAGGAAGUGAAAAAAUCCGACAAACUUCCAACGUCUACAGGGUUUUUUGGAACGUGCUGUACUCGAUGUAAACGCAUGGAAGGGAUGCUUGAGAUUUCGGAAAAUGAGCCGACCCGCACUAGGCGAUCCUCCAAAGUGGAUUCACUCCACGACGAUGAACGUUCAGUGAAAAUCUCCCGCAUCCAGAUAAUCAAUCUGGAUGACCAUGCACCGACGCCCUCCACAGUUUCUUUUAAUAACGAGCCGAUGUUUUUCAAGGAACGCUUUUCAGGGGACCGCAUCAAGACUGUAGACGCCAAAAGCACCAUGACGCCUUUAAGCCAAAGGAGUAGAAGGAAGAUGGUUAGAAGAGUAUCAAAGCGCCCAACAAAUCGAUGCAAGAUUGUGGGAGAAAUGCAGUCGAAGGCAGGCGAUCAAACCACUGAAGAAUUCACUGCACAACGGAUUCACUCCUUAAUUAGACUCAUUGGAGAUCAACCGCAGUUGUUGCAGUUGUUUACUUCUGGAGUAAGAUGAGUGUGUAACAAUUGUCAAUAUAUCCUCAUAACAGUU